GCGGGUCUUGGGUUUCUUCGGGAGCCUAUUUACCUGCAACACACAUACACCCAUGUGGGGGAACGAUGGCAACCAGAGAUGUGUGGAGUGUGUUGGAGGACUGUGUUAACAAAGUAAAUGCCAACACAGUGCACCCAGAGAUCUUUCUAAGUCUUCAAGAUGAAGUGGCAACUGAGUUCACCGCUCUCACCAAGACCCUGUAUGAUCUUCACAAGUCCCAGGAGCCUGCAGACUGUAAAGGCAGCCCCCUGGUGCAGCUGGUGGUGGAACAUUUUGACGAGGAGCAGAUCUGGCAGGAGCUGGAGCUGCAGAACACCGCCGUGCUGAGACACUUUGAGAACGUAGUCAGUGAGGUUGUUUCAGAUGACACAUUAACCGUACUGGCAGAGGAACAGGAGGAGAAUGAUGAGGAAGAGGAUGAUGAUGAUGUUGAUGACCAGGAGGGGGAGGAGGAGGAGGAGGAGGACGAAGAAGAAGAAGAGGAGGAGGAAGAAGAAGAAGAACCACGCAUGCGGUCUAGGAAAGAGGCUGACGGUGGUGCAGGGGGGGGCACAGAUGAGGACUCUGAUUUAGAUUUCGAUGUGGACGCAUUGGAAAAACAACAGAGACGGAAGAAAGACAUUUACAAGAAAGGCGCUCAGACCAAGGGGGUUCCCUCUGAGGUUGAUGACAGGUUCUUCAAGCUGUCAGAAAUGGAAGCCUUUCUGGAUGAUAUGGACAAGCGGGAAAGCAAAGAGGGUGAAGGGGAAGAUGACAUAGACUAUUUUCAGGACGUACCCUCUGAUGAGGACGAUGAUCUUGAUUUAGAGGAAAUAAUUUCUUCCACCAAAAAAAAGAAACAAAACACUGAAAAGAGCUCCAGGAAUCUCAAGUAUAAGGAUUUCUUUGAUGCUGUGGAGGGCGAACCAGCCGAGGCAGAUGACCACUCAGACGAUGAGAAUGACAGCAUGGAUGGGAUGCAGGAAGAUGAUGAUGAUGAGGAGGAGGACAUUGAAGAAGAUGAUUAUGAAGAGGAGGAAGAAAGUGACGACGAGGGUAUGUUUAAGGAUAAGGAGAAGAAACGAGUGACGUUCAACCUCUCUGGGGAAGAGGACAGCGAGGGAGAGGAGCUGGAGGACAUUUUUGGAGGAAAGGCCCGAGGAUCAGCAACAUCUGAAUCCAAGUCAUCAUUUGAAAAACGUCAAGAAAAGAUGUCCGAGAAGAUCCGGGAGCUUGAAAAAGCAGCACUAGCAGAGAAACCCUGGCAGCUGUCUGGAGAGGUGACGGCUCAGGCACGUCCAGAAAACAGCAUGCUUGAGGUGGAUGUGGACUUUGAGCAGAUCGCCAGGAUGGCCCCUGCUGUCACAGAGGAAACCACACUACAGCUUGAGGACAUCAUCAAACAGAGAAUAAAAGACCAGGUGUUUGAUGAUGUGGUGCGUAAGGAGAGACCCAAAGAGGAGGUGUUUGAGUACAAAAAGAGACUAACUUUGGACCACGAGAAGAGCAAGUUGAGUCUGGCAGAGGUCUAUGAGCAGGAGUACCUCAAGCAGACACAGCAAAAGACAGAGGAAGAGGAGAACCCAGCCCAUGUGGAAAUUCAGAAGCUUAUGGACUCACUCUUCCUGAAGUUGGAUGCUCUCUCCAACUUCCACUUUACACCUAAACCACACAUCCCCGAGAUGAAAGUGGUGUCUAACUUGCCUUCCAUUACCAUGGAGGAGGUGGCUCCAGUCAGCGCCAGUGAUGCUACCCUGUUGGCUCCAGAGGAAAUCAAGGCGAAGAACAAAGCAGGGGAAGUGCUUGGUGAUUCUGAGAGGAUGUUAACAGACAAGAAACGUGAAAGACGCAAGAAGAAGAAAAUGAAGCGCCUCAAGAUCAAGGAGAGGGAGAAGAGACAGAAACUUAAAGAGGCCAGUAAAGCUGGAGAGAACAGAAAAGCAUCAAAGGGUGAAAUGGCAGAAAACCUGAAAAAAGUCACAAAAGGAGGCAAGGCUACAGUACUAAAGGAUGAAGGAAAGGACAAGGCUCUGCGAUCCUCCCAAGCGUUCUUCUCUCAGCUGCAGGACCAGGUCAAGAGCCAGAUCAAAGGGGCCAAGGACCAGUCCUCCAAGAAAAAGAAACACAAAGAAGUUUCCGCCAGCAAACUCAAGUUAUAAUCAUGUGUUGUUCCGGCAGACUGAAAUUUUAUUGUACAGAUUCAGAUUUUUUUAUGAGUAAGCUGCAAUACAGUAACCAAUCCUUGUAAAUGUCAUUUCCAUCUAAAUAAAAUUAAGAGCCCAGAUUUUUUGGA